UGGCUCGGGAGCUGCGUCCAUCGCCGUCGCCGCAAGGCCAAAUCCCACCCACCUGUCUCUCGCUCUCCGACCUCCGUCAAAAUCGUGUCUUUUGGCUUAGGGUUUAUUGCUCCGGAGGAUUUCGUCGCGGUUCGGUUCGGUUCAGUUCAAAUGAAGAGCAAGGGCGAAUUGGUGGCUAAUGCAAUGGCCGUGAAGUACGUUUUGAUCGGAACGAUUGCGGUUCUGGGGCUGGUGUGUUUGUACUACGGGUCGUCUGUCGCUCCGGGUCUCUCGAGAUCCGACGCAGAUGGUCUCGGGUCCGAAGGGGUCGACCCUGUUCUCGGCGGGUUCGUGCCCCAUCACGACUUGGAUGAUCUGUUCGCCAACCGUGAGCGCCAGCCUGAUGUUCCCGGGAGCAUUCCCGUAUGUGAUGUGAAAUUCUCGGAAUUAAUACCUUGUUUGGAUAGAAACCUUAUAUACCAAAUGAAAUUGAAGCCCAACUUGACUUUGAUGGAGCACUACGAACGGCAUUGUCCACCACCUGAGCGCCGUUACAACUGCUUGAUUCCUCCACCAGUUGGCUAUAAGAUACCUAUCAGGUGGCCAGCAAGCAGGGAUGAAGUGUGGAGAGCAAACAUACCACACACACAUCUUGCACAGGAGAAAUCCGAUCAGCAUUGGAUGGUUGUGAAUGGCAACAAGAUAAAUUUCCCUGGUGGUGGAACCCAUUUUCAUGAUGGGGCCGACAAGUACAUCAUGGCAGUGGCUAAGAUGCUAAAGUUUCCUGGGGAUAAGCUCCACAAUGGGGGAAGUAUCAGGAACGUCCUUGAUGUUGGGUGUGGUGUCGCAAGUUUUGGUGCUUACCUUCUUCCUCUUGAUAUUAUAGCCAUGUCCCUUGCACCUAAUGAUGUGCAUGAGAACCAAAUACAAUUCGCAUUGGAGAGGGGGAUUCCUUCUACUCUAGGUGUAUUGGGGACCAAAAGACUUCCUUAUCCGAGUAGGUCUUUUGAACUGGCUCAUUGUUCAAGAUGUAGGAUAGAUUGGCUCCAAAGAGAUGGCAUUCUAUUAUUAGAACUUGACAGACUACUAAGACCAGGAGGAUAUUUUGUGUACUCCUCUCCUGAAGCCUAUGCACACGAUCCGGAGAACCGAAAGAUUUGGAACUCCAUGCAUGAUCUUCUUAGAAGAAUGUGUUGGAGAGUUGUAGCUAAGAAAGACCAAACUGUUAUAUGGGCAAAACCAAUGAGUAAUAGUUGCUACUUGAAGAGAGAUCAAGGAACAAAACCCCCUUUGUGCAGCUCUGAUGAUGAUCCAGAUGCAAGUUGGAAUGUGCUCAUGAAGGCAUGCAUCUCCCCUUACUCGGCAAAAGGGAUGCACCGGGAAAGAUGGAGUGGAUUGGUUCCUUGGCCUCGGAGGCUUACUGCACCACCUCCUCGCCUGGAAGAAAUUGGUGUCAUUCCUGCAGAGUUUCAAGAGGAUACUAAUGUAUGGCGUUCUAGAGUUGAUGAGUACUGGAAGCAGAUGAGAGCUAUCUUACAUAAGAACUCAAUCAGAAAUGUUAUGGACAUGAACUCUAACCUUGGGGGGUUUGCAGCUGCGCUAAACGACAAAGAUGUUUGGGUUAUGAAUGUAGCUUCUGUUCAUGCCUCUGCCAAAUUGAAGAUUAUCUAUGACCGAGGCUUAAUUGGAACUGUUCAUGAUUGGUGUGAAGCAUUUUCAACGUAUCCCCGUACAUAUGAUCUUCUUCAUGCCUGGGAAGUUUUUUCGGAGAUUGACGAGCGUAAUUGUGGGAUAGAGGAUCUAUUGAUUGAAAUGGACCGGAUUUUAAGGCCGGAGGGCUAUGUAAUCAUAAGAGAUAAGUCUUCUGUAAUAAAUUACAUCAGGAGAUAUCUUCUUGCCUUUAGGUGGGAUGGCUGGUCAUCGGAAGUUGAACCUAGGGUGGAUUCUCUCUCCUCUUCCGAAGAAAGAGUUCUUAUCGUGAGAAAGAAGUUGUGGACUGAAGGGGUCAACACAUUGUGAUGAUGCAUUAUCAGGUACUUGUUAGUUUUGUUUUUUGUUAAUCACAUAUCAUCAUGGUGGAUUACAAGGUCAUCCUUUGAUCCUCUCUAUAGCUUCCUGGCCCAGUUGUCUCUGUUUUCUGAACCAGUUAAGUCAGAUUUUAUGAGCAACUCAAAUAACCAUGGCCUUUUUCAGCCAAAAAAGGCUUGAAUGGAUCUGCUAGGAGAAACUGGCAUUCAGUUGCGCCACUUGGUACCGAGACUUGCCUGUUCUUUCGAGAUGGGGACUCACUUUCUACAUGAGACUACUGCGUAAAGCAUUGUGGAGAUACGGGUGCAGCGACGGCUACAUGUGACUGUUUGAGAGAAGCUAGGCUUACAUGAUCAUUUUAGGUUGGUUUGAUCGGAUGUAAUUCUUCGUCAAUAUACUUUUUAAUUUUCACUUUUACAUGGACUUUUCGAUCGUGAAGGCUUUAUGGGUGAUUCCGUCGGUCAGAGCUGAUUCUGUCGCAGUGAUCCGACCAAACAAAAGUAAAGCAACGGCCUGGUCUAAGUUGCGGCUGUAUUUAAAAGUUGGUCAGUAGCUGAGUGCAUGUACAUGUCAAAUCGGUCAUUGACAUCAAAAUGGACUGUGUCUCAUAUUCAGGAUGUCUUCGGGAGACGAUGAGUUGAUUAAUUCUUUCUCGGCGCUUUGAAUUUUUUGGUUCUUAACUAAUGGCUUCUUGUUUUUUUGUUGU